AAAAUGGCGUCAGUCAAGUUUCUAGAGGAUGCGGAUCAUGUAGUGAGUAACGGAGCUACCGAAGCUAUGAGCAUUAUUAUUAAUUCGAAUUCUAGUAAACCGAUAAUAACCAAUAGUCAUCAAAGUGCUAAUGUUUUGCCUUCUAAUAUUCUAACGACUCUUUCCUCUCAAAAUGUGUCUAAUUCUAACCAAAACUCGUUUGUGUCGCAAUUUACUCCCGCUAAUAGCAAUCUAAAUAAAACUCAAAGUGUAGGCAUGGACCAGGCUAAGCCGACUGGGACCGCGUUAGUUAUUAAGACGCACAAUAAUGGUAACCACAAUUCCAUUCCGACGACGCAAGGCCUCGUUUCGGCCCCGAUGACGGCCAACUCGACCAGCAUGCCCACGAUAGUGGCCAAUUCCUCGCACAUAAUCCCGGCUAAUCUCGGGAAUGUACAGUUCGUCAACGUUAAUGCCAUCAGGGCCAACCAACCGGGUCAGAAAACCAUCACCCAAAGAGUGAUGAUACCCCAGAUGAUGGGCACCCGACAAGGCACACCAGGGGGACAGAUAGCUUUGCAAGCAAUCCCCGGAUUGGCAGGAGCCAGUGGCAGUCAUAUAUUGGUGAAAACAGAAAAUGGCCAGAUUCAGUUGCUAAGAGUUGCCGCAGGACCAGCGACACCCAAUGCCCCCAUAGCAGCAAACCACGUGACAUCUACAGGCAAUCAACCAAGUUUCCGGAUCCAAACUGUUGUAACGCAAGCAAUUACUGGUGCUGCCGUUCAAACUGCUGUACCUCCAUUAACCACAGUUCCAAGUCCCAGUGUUCAACCUCAGCCACAGGUGGCGAAAUCAGACACAACUAAAGAAAAGUGCCGUAAAUUUUUAGCCAAUUUAUUAGAAUUAUCAAGUAGAGAACCCAAACCAGUAGAAAGAAACGUCCGGAAACUGAUACAAGAAUUAGUUGACAUGAAAGUUGAACCUGAAGAAUUCUGUGAUCGCCUAGAAAAACUAUUAAAUGCAUCACCCCAGCCGUGCCUCAUUGGGUUCUUAAAGAAAAAUUUACCUUUGCUAAGGCAAUCAAUGAUAGCCAAAGAACUGGUGAUAGAUGGUAUCCGACCACCACCCCCUUCUGUUUUAUACACCCAACAGCAGCAGCAACAGCAACAACACCAAACUACUCCUGUUUCUGUUGUCCAACAAGUGCAAGUAGCCAACACUCAGGCAACCAAUCAAAUCCGGACUGCAGUCCCUGCCAGUGUCACGCCACAAAUGCGAAUUAUCGCCCAGCCUGCGCAAGCUACGGUCCGAACUGUUGCCACUGCUCAGCAAAGACUAGUCACACCUGCUCGUGUUCAGACUCCAAUCACCAAAAUCGUUGGGACAUCCGCCAUCUCAGUCGGCGCUCAAUCCACAGUUCCAACCAACGCGACAAUGACUAAUUGUUUGCCAUCGCCACGUGUGGUAACACCAAUGCGACCUCCUGUUGUGAAGGCGGUACCAGUCAAGACUCUCCCCACUCAGAUGACUAUACGACCAACAAUAGCAGUGGCAGCCACGACCACUACAACCAAGCAGAGUAUAGUUGGCCGACUUCAGCCGGUUACCGCAGCCACUCCUAUUUCUAAACCACAAGCGCCUUCCCUCACACCCAAACCAGCUGUCACCACCAAAAAAGAAAAAGCAUUUUCUGCAGCCUCUUCCUCAUCUGCAUCAUACGCGGCUGAUGAUGACAUCAAUGAUGUAGCAGCUAUGGGAGGAGUCAAUUUAGCCGAGGAAACCCAAAGAAUUCUAGGUUCAACGGAGUUUGUUGGAACGCAAAUUCGGUCAUGUAAAGAUGAUUUAUAUCUUCACUCGCAACCUCUUAUGAAAAAAAUCAAAGAAAUUGCAUCUCAGCAUGGUUUAGAUGAACCUAGUCCUGAGGUAGCUGCAAUAGUUUCUCAUGCAACUCAAGAGAGAUUAAGAAACCUUGUAGAAAAAUUAGCUGUUAUUGCGGAACAUCGGAUCGAUUUGAAUAAGGCUGAUUGGCGGUAUGAAGUUUCGCAGGAUGUUAGGGGCCAACUUAAAUUCCUGGAAGAAUUAGAUCGAGUGGAACGGAGACGGCAUGAUGAGGUUGAAAGGGAGCUAUUACUCAGGGCUGCAAAAAGCAGGUCGAAGUCGGAAGAUCCAGAACAAGCGAAGCUCAAGGCUAAAGCCAAAGAGAUGCAGAGAGCAGAAAUGGAAGAACUGCGGCAAAGAGAAGCCAACUUUACUGCUCUUCAAGCGAUUGGACCAAGAAAAAAACCAAAAUUAGAAGUGCCUACUUCAGCCAGCAAUGGCUCCUCUAUGGCUCCGGGUAGUGAUAGUUCUCAAAUCUCCUCAAGUAGUGUAAAUAGGCCACAACUGGCAAGUCGUCCUAGACUAAAGCGGGUGAACAUCAGAGACUUCCUCUUCCUCCUAGAGCAAGAAAAGGAAACGUGUCAUAGUCAAAUGCUCUUCCAAGCGUAUCUCAAGUGAUGUUGUGUACACAAGUGCUGCGCACCUUUCCCAUUCACUGAGGUACAAAACCAAUGGGGUUUUUGUUUUCUCAACUUUCUUUGUUAUGUCUUCAUAGCACACGUAUGCUACCAUGUGAAGAAACUUCCCAGUCGAACAGUUACGCUAGCUCUAAAGCAGCCAUGCUCAGUGCACAAGAGCGUAAGUUUAUUUGAAAAAACAUUGUUAUGACCUUUUGUCACGACUGAUUAAUCAUGCCAUGCUUUGAUCUGUUUUCAAUUGCAAACCGAUGACUUUGUUUUCGAAACAGGUUUCACCUUUGUGACCUCUUGUAACGGAAAUAAAUUUCAAGAAUGCAAAAGAAAAUUUUAUAUGAAGAGAGCUAGUUAUUUCUACUGACCCACACUGAGUCUUUUUCUUUAUCGUUGAGUGCGGUAAUAUUAUCAGUAGCAUAUUUUGAAGCCACUUUUACAAAUAACACUAAACAUGAUUUGACUUCAUGGCAUUGCUUAAAAAAUGGUCACCUGAUUCCAGUACAUCCCGUCCCAGAUUUUUUAUGACGUUUUUUGUCUCAUUUGUUAGUCGCUAAAAAUUGGAUUCGUGUGAGGCUCAUUCAAAAAUUCAUUGUUUUAGGUGGGAAAGUCUUUUUACAAAUUAGUCAAAAUUAUGAAACGAAAAUUUUCGAGUUUUAGGAUUAAAUCUAAACCAUAGUACUAAAACUGAGGUAGCGGGGAGCAAGUUCCUGAAAUCAUAACUAAUUUCUAAAACCAAAUUUCAAUAACUAACUUUAAGUGUUUGCGUAUGUAGAAUCACAUACAUAAUUUUAUACAUGUUUUACUGUUUGUCCUCUAAUUUCUUUAAAAAGGAAAACUAAAGAAAUAAAUAGACAAAAAAAAUCAUCACAAAUCAAUUAUUCGUCUCAUUGGAAAAUUAUAGUUUAUAUAAUUUUUCCCUCAAAUUAUCAGCUUUUGCCUCAAGUUUAGUUUGCCUGAUUCUAAUGGAGUGAAGGAAUCAUUUCGGAAAAUGAGAUUAUUACUCUAAUAAUGAAUAAGCCAAAUUAAAUCUAAUUCCCAGUGCUAGUGCGUGUGUCUUGAAAGUGAUCUUUAGUACUCAUGUGUACCACUGGCAUAAUGGUUCUUUAUUGUGAUUUUUGCUUAUUUGUCAAACAUUUCUGACUUAUUUUGAAGUAAUGCAGUCACAGAAAUCACAUAAGUUUUGAUUUUGCCAAAAAUGUUCGUACUUUCCCUUCAUAUUAAUAUUAAAAGUUAGGUCGGUGAGUUUAUGAUGGGCUGGAUGUUUGUAAAUACCCGUAACUGUUCUAUUUAGGGUGUUCUUUUCAUGUGCUUGUUUUUAAAAUCUCUAGGGGUUUUCUUUUUUGCAUGAAUAUUGGCAGAGAUCUAUUUUAAGCUCUUGUCAAGCUGUUGUUGUAUUUGGUUGAUCUCCUCAGAGUGGCCACUGGUCAGUUAGGAAAGGUUCGAAAGAUUAUUCUUUGAAACAUGUAUUUUAUGAAAUGUAAAUAAAUGAAAAAUAGAAAUUUUUAUCAAAAAUGAACCAAUGAUGCCUAUUCAGAAAGACAAACAGUUUGAAAACGUGUUAAGGUUAAUAUUACCUAAAUCAUAUGCUGUAAUCAACCAGAAGCUGGAAUUGAAAGAGUAACACUGAUUUUCUUUUUCUAUUCAAUACGUAAAUAUUUUACUUUUAAAUGAUAUCUGAAACUGCAGAUGAAGUCUUUUCAGAACUUUAAAACUUUCGGAAAUACCGUUAAAUAUCAGCGUUUGAUCAUUACGCCAGCAAAAUAUGAUUAUCUUUAUUCAGAAUCAUCAGCUGGUUUUUGUUAUGAAUUUAGCUAGGGCUGUAAGAGUCCUCAAAUUUCAAGUCUAGUCAAGCGGAGUUCCACAAUCUCGUCUCAACUUAAAAAAAGACGUGAUGCUUGAGCAAGUCUUCAACUCACAACUCAAAUGCCGAAGACCACCCACUUUGAGUUGUUUUGAGCCGAAAACGCCACAAUGAAUCAAGGCUGUACUAAUGAGUCAGUGAGGAGUGGACAAAUCUAUCAUUCUAACAGAAAUAAUGAUUACUCACAUGCUGUCGUGAAUUCAGAAUCUGUUUCUUUUGUUCAGAGCAAGCAACAUCAAAGGCAAUAAGUACGCAACCACAAUGUAAAAACUCGAACUCGAUUUAAACCGAAAAAGAAAACUUGCUCAACCUUAGAUCCAGCCCUGUUGCAGCUUUCAUUAAGUUUAUAAACAAAACCUAUAUGCUCAUUAUGUAUUCCAAGUUUUAACUACAUACGUACACUUGUCAGAAGAUGUAGGUCACAAAAAGCUACAAGUUCUAUAAUGGACCUAGAAUUUCUCUCUUUGGUGCUGUGAGAAGAAACACAAGUCUUGAGUGAAAGAGGUGUAAUCAGGAGUGAUAAAUAAAUAACCUUUGAGCAAGAACUUCUUCACCAUCUUUGAAAAUCUUGGGGAAUGAAGUGAAUGUUCGGAUAAUGAGAUGUUAUUUGAAAUGAAACACCAUUUCAGAUCCAGAGAAAACCAGCUUGAUGUUAGGAGUUUGAAUUGCUAUUCCUAACUCAACAUGCGGAACAGGUAUCUUUCUUUGGACAAGGGUGCUUAAACUCUUCCACGUUUAAAGAUAUAGGUCGAAUAUCUUGGUUGUAUGUAAUUGAAAGCAAACAUAAAAUGUAUGAGCCAAUCGCUGCAGCCAAUUUUUUAAAGUUUGAAAGAAAGUUUUCAAAAGUUGAGUGCUUCUGCAUUCUGUCCAGAGCUUGUAUUUAGAGGGAUCCCAUAGAUAAGAUGUUUUUUCUUCCCUUCGAAUUGUUGUCCAAGCAUAUUUGAGCUAUGCAAUCUGAUUAUUUCCGUGUUUAUAGAUAGAUGCAACCAAGAUCAGGACUCCAUCUUUGACCAUUCAAAUGUUACAACGAAUGUUAUCCAACCCGAAGGAGGAAUUUGAACGAGUUAAAAAGUAAUAAUUUAUAUACUGUUGCGUUAAAUUUACUCAGAUUAAAGACUGGGAUCUAAUAUUGAUUGCAAUCAGAAGGUAACACAUAAAGAUGCCUGAUUCAGUGGAUUGUUUUUUGAGCAAUUUUUUUAUGGGCAAACGUGAGUGGAAGCUGAGUGCGCAACUGCACAAGUAUGUUUCCCUAAAUUGAAAGAAUGCCUCAGAAUUUAACCGUUUUUUUGUUUCACAUCGGUAGUUUUUAAGCAACUAAAGGCUGAGGUCUGAUCUUGGUGGCGUCUAAAAGAUGAAGGGUAAAUAUGACAAUUUUUGUCGCAGUUUAUUUCUUGGAAAUCUAUCUACAGAUAUCUACAAGAUUUAGGAAACAUAUUUUCUUGAGCGGAGCAUGCAUGCUUGGUUUUUUCGGGUCUCCUUUUAGCCCUAAAAAAUAUUGUUUGGAGGAGAAAAAAAAAAACUGUGUUUACACCGUGUGUACUUUUGAAUGCAUCCAGACCGAAUCGAUAUCUGUUAAAAAGUUCCAGCAAGAAACAACUAGUUUUUAGAGAAUCCUGCUAAUGAAGUUAAAAAUAUUUGUUUUGCCUGCGACCUGUAAAUGAAAUCUUCAUUUAAAUAAUGUCUCACUUUUCUCAUUAAUAGUUAUUAACUCCUUUUUCUGUGUUUUGUUUUGUUUGUAAGUCUUACAAUUUUAUAAAGGCUGGCAGUGCAAUUAAGCCGCUUUAAUAAUUACACUUUUGAGUACAUUGUGACAUGUAAAGUCACAUAAAAAAGUUAUAUCCAUAUCGGUAAAGGCCAAACUCCACCUGUAGCAUCUUACAAAAAAUUUCUCAAGUUUUAUGUCAAUAGCAGUCAUGCGAAUUGUAUCAGGGAAGCUUGAUCAUUGCACUGGCAGCCUUUUUUCAUGUCAGAGUUGAUUACUGAGUAGUUAAUUAAAGGUAAUGCUAUCUCACCUGAAAAGCCUUUGUGUGGAGGAGGUAAUAAUUACUAAAUUCAGUUUUCACGAGAAAGUUCUGGUCUGCAGCUUGUGUGGAUUUAGAUUUGACUUGCGUAACCACUGUAUCUCUCACUAAACUUGGCGAAAAAUUUGCUUCAACCCCAUAUUUCUGUUGGACUCAGAAGAUUGUAAGAUAUAUUCAUCUCUUUGAAUAGUAUUGUUUAAUCUUGUGUUGUUUCCCAGUCAAAACCACUGUGAGUGUGUCACAUCAGUGAUGAUUGUAAAAUACUGCAGCUCUUAGCUAAAUUCAUUGGUUAGGUUCCUUUUCAUAACAGAUUUUUUUUGUUGAGAAAUUGUUAUCUGUGGCUUACUCUCUAGCCCCCAAGGAUCCCUCUUCAAAUUCCACUGUAUCAUGUUUUUCCAAGAAUAAUCGAGGGCAAACUAGUUUUGAGUCUAAGCAUUUGUCCCAGUUGGCCACUCUGACUCUGUUAAAAUUAUUGAAAUUAGUUUAAAAAUGUUGUUUUUUCUGCUAUUUAUUAUUCUUUAUUUUUUUAAGUGUGUUGUUUUUUCUUUUUGCAUCAUUUUUCUCUUCAAAGAGUAAUGUUUUUUCAAUGCAGGGGAUGACAUUUUUAUUCCCUAGGAACA